CUACUAUAAAACACCGAGUAAUCGUGCAUUUCUGUCCAUGUUUCGUAAAAGACACAAACGUAUCGAAUUUAAAUUUGUGAAAAGCUCGUUUGAAAAUUUUCUUAUACUCGUAAUAAUCAAUUAUUAAUCUUUUACCAUAAUGACUGCAUUUGAAGAGACGACCGGUGUCGCAAAUAUGAUACUUCUAGACAACUGCGACGAUAAAAAAUUAAUCGAAAAUCUAAAAAAACGACUACAAAAAAACAUAAUUUACGUAAGAUUAAAUUAUUAUUUAUCUGAUUUAUUUAGUUAAAAUGAUUAUAAAAUAUUUCUUUUUAUCUUUUAUUUUAAAUAUAUUUUUUAUAAUACUAACAAUACAUUAUUUUAACUUGAUUGAUAAAAUUGAUUUUGUACCUAAUCAAUUGUUUAUAAACCAACAAAUAGCAGUUAAAAUGAUUGAAAAUAUAUUAACUAAGAAUAGGUAUUUAUAUCGAAUAUUUUGUCUUGGAAUCAAAUAUUUUUCAAAAACGUAAUAAUUUUGAAAAAAAUGUCACAUUUACUACACAUUGAUGCUACAUAUACCUACUAUAAUAUGGGUGCAAAGCAUGUAAGUACUUUUAUUGUUUUAUGUAUUUUUAUUUUCACAGACUUAUAUUGGAGAAGUGUUAAUAAGUGUUAAUCCGUAUAAGACGCUAUCGAUAUGCAAUGAAAAAUUAAUGCUGAAAUACUAUAAUAACAAUUAUGUCGAAGACAUGCCACACAUGUGAGUUUAUAAGCAAUAGUAUUCAAAUUAAAUAGUGUAUCGGCAGUUCUAUAACUAAAUCCGAGCAGCGAUUAAUUAUGUUUGCAUUCUUUUACGCACGAAAUCGCUUUUGUUAUUGUUCUAACCGAUUAAUAUUUUAUUUUUAUUUUGUAGAUUUGCAAUUUCAGCGAAAGUUUUCAAGUCAUUAAAAGAAUACCGCCGGGACCAAUGUAUAUUAAUAUCGGGUAAACGAAGCUAGUUAAAUGUUGAAAAUAUGAGCACGAUAAUCUUUCGCUCAAUCACAUCUAGAUUAUCGUAACAAAUAAAUAACUAACAAAUUCAAAAUGUUAGACCGCACUCUCACUAAAAAACAGAAUAAAUAAAUCCGAAGAAUAUAAUGUGGUUUACAUGCAAAUUUUGGUUUAAAACUGAUUUAGUUUUUUUUUUUUUUUUUCUGUACAAUUGUAUAUAAACUUGUAAAUAUACAAUGUAUACAAUAUAUAUUAUACAGGGUGUCCCACGAAGAUAUAUCCAUUGUAAUAACUCCGGAGAUAAUAAAGAUAAAUCAAAUUCUGUUUUUUAUAUAUAUUAGGUACUCUCAAGGAUUAAGGACUACAAAUAUUAAUAUUUCAACUAAUUUUCUAUGUUAUGGUAAAAAAAAAUUUGAAAAUAGCUGGAUAGCUUGAUUUUAUAGAGUUUAUUUUUCUAGAAAUUUUAACGCACCAACUUUCUUAUCUUCAAUGAAUUCGUGAUUUUUAAUACUUUUUUAAAGUUUAGAAAAAAAAGUAUACAUUCAAUAAGCCACAAAAACAAUAAUAAUCAAUUAGCGAAUGCGAUUACAGCCUGCUGCAUAAUUAUAGGUAAUUUUCUCUGAACUCAUUAAAGGAAAUUUUCUCUCUAAAAAUUAUUAAAACUAAAGUUAUUUUUUAGUUUUUUUAUCAAAACAUAAAAGUUUAAUUAAAAUAUAAAUAUUUUUAUUCAUUAUCCCUGUGAGUAAUAUAAAAAAAAAAACAAAAUUGUAUUGUCUUUAUUAAAAAGCUCUCUUUAAUAUUUAUUCCGCCAAUAAAUAAAAAAAUUACAUCGAUAAAUAUUUAACUUAAUUUUAUAAAUUUUACACAGGCCCAAAUUCAAUCUAAAUUAUUAUCUAGAUAACUAGUAAACAUUGUCAAUAAUAUUUUUAAAUCACAUUAUUUUGUGCAAUCAAACAAUAAUCUACAACGAUUUCGAUAUAUUUUGCAGGUGCUUUUUUCAUAAAAACUUAUCUUUUUAAUACAAUUAUUUUUAGCUUUCGAACAAAGAAAAAAAAACAUUUUACACUUUUACAAUAAAUAAAAUAAUCAACUAUAAUAAUACAUACUACAUGAAAAUCAAAAUAUUAUACAUAUUUUCAGUUUAAAAACUCUUUCCCAUUUUCAUUUAUUCAGUUGUUCGUAAUGAAAUAUCAAACAAUUUUACAUGUGUAUUCAAAAUUUGCUUUCCUUUAGACACGGUGUACCUACUAUCGACAAUAAUUCACUGAUUUUACGAAUAAUACUUCAAUCGAUUUUACGAAUAUUAUUAUAGAUUCAGGUUAUAAUAUAUAGUUAAUAAUUACAUAUAUUACAUUAUAGGAGAGUCUGGAUCAGGAAAAACGGAAGCAUCUAAAAUGGUAUUGCAAUUUAUUGUUAAAGCAACACACGGAGAUCAUAUCAUUCAGAUAAUAAAAGACAAACUCUUUGUAGCAAAUUCUGUAUUAGAAGCAUUUGGAAAUGCAAAAACGCGUAACAACGAUAAUUCUAGUAGAUUCGGAAAAUAUAUGGAUGUUCAAUUCAACCCCAUGGUAAGCAUAUCAUCAACUAGAAUUAAAUCAGUGGCUUUAUAAUUUAUAUUUUUACGAAAAUUAAAAAAAACAAUCGAAAUUUGUACUUUUUAGGGUUACCCAAUAGGCGGUAAUAUUCUACACUACCUACUAGAAAAGUCUCGAGUAGUAAAACAGGCACACAACGAGAGAAACUAUCAUAUAUUCUAUCAGCUAGUUAAUGGAGCAGACAAAUGGCUAGCCCAACUUCUAGAGAUCGACAAGGAUAUAGAUUAUUUAUAUUUGAGAACGGAAAAUAAUUUGACGAGUUUUGACGAUCAAGUUAGAUAAGCUUAUUUUAAAUAAUAAUUAGUAAAAUAGGUAUGCUCGUAUAAGUAUUCUUGUUAACUAGAAGGCCUUAAUUUUAGAUAGAGAAUGAAGAUACCCAAAAGUAUAAAGAAACUUUGCAAGCACUACAAGUCUUAGAAUUCGAUUUGGAAGAAAAAAUGGAUAUAUUGAAAAUUGUGGCGAGUGUUUUGCACUUGGGUAACAUAAAAGUUCGUCGAUGUGGAGAAGUGUGCAAAAUUGAGAAUAACAGUACAAUUAGAAUAGUUUGUGAUGUAUUAACACUACUUACAAUUUACAUUAAUAUUUUAAAACCUCACAAUUAAAUCAUAAAUUAUAAUUCAACAAUACAUUUAUCAAUUAUUAUAAAAUGCAUAUAAAAAUAAAACAAUUAUGUAUGUUUAUUAGUUACUCGGGGUCCCAAAAGAUGAUUUGAUAUUCGCACUGACAAAUAAAACAAUAAAAGCUCACGGGGAAGUGAUUAGGUCACACCUAGACGUGGAAAUGUCAGUUUUCGCCAAAGACGCAUUAGCCAAAGCCAUUUAUAGCAGACUGUUCGAAUGGCUGGUAACGCACAUCAACAAAACGCUCAAAACGAUAGUUGGUAAAAAAACCGGUAGCGAAAAUAAAAUAAAAUCAAUCGGUAUAUUGGAUAUUUACGGUUUUGAAAUUUUACAAAACAACGGGUAAGCGCAGGUCAAAAUCUCAAUAACAAUUUUUUUAUUGUAGUUAUAGCAUCUCGAUUUCUAAACGGAGAACUGUGAAAUUUUAUGAAAAAAUUUACCUACAUAUUACCUAAACAUAGUUCCUAAAAUGUUAAAAAUUUGUACUAUUUAAAAUAUUUUUUUUUUUUAUAUAUAUAUAUUUAUGUAUAAUAUUUCAUGGUCCAGUACUUAAAAUCAAAUAUGAUUCAAUAACGCUGUUCUUUUAAAUUUUAGAUUCGAACAAUUUUGUAUUAAUUAUUGCAAUGAAAAAUUGCAAAAGUUAUUCCUUGACUUGACACUUAAGUCGGAACAAGAAGAAUAUUUAAACGAAGGCAUCGAAUGGACCAAUGUCGAGUACUUUGACAAUGGUGUCAUAUGUGACAUGAUCGAAGAAAGACACAAAGGUAACGACCUCAUUAGGUAGUUAAUUUCACUGUGUAUACUAGUUGCGUCCCGAGUGAUUAUAGAUAUAACUGCGCCCGGAGUUUUUAGUCGGGUUCACAAUUUCACCACUCUCCACGUGUUAAUUUUAAGUUUUUGUUACACAUUUUUGAUUGUGGCCAAUGAAAACCCAUGCAAUUUAUUUAUUAUUGAAGGACAAACAUUUCGAUUUAAAUUUGUAACAUAACAAAAUCAAUGUCAUAUUUUCUCCGUAUAGUGUUUUUGUCGAUUUAUAAAAGGCAAUACAUUUGGUUAUUUGAUCAGUCUGGCUUUCUAUAACUCUGUACGGAUGUCGAUUUCAUUCGGAAAUAUUGUUUAGCUUUUAUGAUUUACGGGACGCAACUAGCAUGUACAUUGUACACCAAACAAAUAAGUGAUACAACUAGUACGACCCGAAAUUAUGGCCGGAAUGCAAUUCGGAAGUAACUGUCGCCACGGGACGCAAUUCGUACGCAGCGGUUAUUUUAAACAUAAAGUUUAAUGUAUCUCACGGUGUAUUUGUCUAAGGGAUUAUUUCGUGUCUCGAGGACGAGUCCCUUAAACAAACCGAUGCGUGUAAUAAUGCUGUGUUGCUAAACGAGCUGGCGAGACGUUUCAAAGACCACAAACAUUUUUCGUGUUAUCAAUCGAUCGAUUCACACAAAAAAAUCAAAACUAUUUUACCCACAGUGAGUAUCGCAGAUAAAAUAAAAUAAAUAUAGACGUUGUAGACACAUCCCCCCACAUAAGUUAAUCGACGAAUUUUUUAUUAAGGAAUUCGUAAUCGUUCAUUUCGCUGGUACUGUGACAUAUGACGCGUCCUGUUUUUUGGAGAAAAACAACGACUCUUUAUUUGGAAAUCUCAGUCAUAUCAUGUCCAAUUCAACUAACAAUAUCAUUAAAGUAUAUUUUGAGUAAACAGCAUACGUAUUAUAUUAUUAAACGGAUACUCUGUGUUGUACGUUUUCCCCGUAACAUUUUAGUCGAGUUUUUCAAACUGUCAGACUCCCAGCAAUAAAAUACCGGAAACCACGAUAAAUCAGUUCAAAAGGAGCUUGAAUAAACUGAUGAAGACGUUGACGUCGAAACAGUCGUCGUACAUUAGAUGCAUAAAACCAAACGACUUCAAAGAACCCGGUUAGUAAUUCAGUACAAAUACUGUAUACCUGCAGGCUACCGUAAAACUAUACGACACCUGACCGACUGCGACGACAGUGUAACGAUAAAACUAAUCCAAACCAUCCAAACGACGGCGUGUUUCAGGCGAAUUUGACGACGAGGUGGUCAGAAACCAGGUGAAGUACAUGGGCCUGAUAGAGAUCUUGCGGAUACGGAAAGCCGGUUUCGCGUAUCGCAGCGAAUUCCAACAGUUUCUGGCCCGUUACAAAUGCUUGUGCCCGGACACGUGGCCCGACUGGAGCCGACGGUACACGGCGGUCGCCGCCGUGUGCCGUCUGAUUCAGAGCCUGGGCUUGGGCGCCCAGGACUAUAAAAUCGGAAAGUACGCGGUCGAUUGACCUAACAUAACCGAACUUAACCACUGCAGCCCCGGCCGUGCUCGUUACAGGUCGAAAAUCAUGGUGAAACACCCGCAUACCGUGUUCGAGAUCGAGAAACGUUUCCAAGUGGCGAAACACGCGUUGGCCGUCAAACUGCAGUCGGUGUGGCGUGGAUACGUGGCCCGUCGACGAUACGCACUGGUCAGGUCGUCGGUGAUACUGUGCCAGAGAACGUACAGACUACGGUUGCAGCGCAUACGGUUGCUUCAGCUCCGGGAAUUCGAGAUAGUCACCCGCAGGAUUGUCUGCAUCCAGAAAAACGUCCGGCGGAUGUUGGCGAUGCGAGCCUACAAAAAAAAGUUAAAUGCCGUCCUAACUAUUCGAAAGUACCUAAUUUUUAUACUCAUUAAACAAUAUAAGUAAAAAGCUGUCCUAGGAUAAUGGGUACGGGUGCAGCCACUAAUGUUGGUAGUAAGUCGGGAAAAUAGGAUAUAAACGGGGAAUUUAUUAAUACAGGGUGAUUCUUUUAUUGUUGAACACUCAUUAUUUCAAUUUUUUCAGAAAAAAUUUGUUUGAAAAUGUAAGAAACAAAAAGCUAAAUAAAUUUAGAUUACCAUUGUCUUUUGUUACACUUAUUUUCUGGGUGAAAUCGCUUCAAAAUCUUGAUUUUCAAAUAGUAACCUUUAUUAAAAAUGUCAUAAAUAAAUAUUUAUAUAUAUAUAUAUAUAUUAAAAAAUGUAUAUAUAAGUAUAUAAAUAUUAGGUUAAAUAAAUGUUUUUAUUGAAAUUUUUGAUUUUCGUCCACCCGUUCAUAAGAUAUUUCACUUUUAAGCUUGAGUAGGGAGAGAGUAGUAGAGCACUAUAAAACGACGUGCGCCGUGUCAAAUAAUACUUCGAUACUUUCUUUCUACUCAAACUUGAAUGUAGAAUAUCUCGUGGACGGAGUGAUGGAAAUCAAAAAUUUAUUUUAACUAAAACGUCAUCUAUUUAUGGAACUUUUUAUGCGGGUUAUUAUUUGAAAACCAAUAGUUGAUAGUCGUUUCACCCUAAAAAAUAAGGGUGACAAAAAAUAAUGGUACUGUAAAAUUGUAAAGCUUUAUUUCUUAAAUUUCAAACGAAUUUGUUUUGAAAAAAGUCAAUACAUUAUGAAAUAAUUGACGUUUAACGAUAAAAUAAUCACCCUGUACAAUUUUUUAAGCUUCAUUAUGGGAUUCAUGACAAGAAAUGAUCCACCAAACGUUAAUAAUUGUCGGUUCGUCGCGUACAAACAAACGAGAUAUUUGACUCGUCUAUCUGAAACAUUGCCGAAAAGUUUGCUAGACUAUCAUUGGCCCGAACCACCGAGUUGCUGUACUGAAGUAAGUAUAAAAUCGUUCGUUAUUUCAAAAAAAUUGUCAGUAAAACUAUUUUCGAAAUAAUAUUAAAAUAAUCAUUUUCGUAUGAACAGGUUUCCACAUACCUGAAGUCUCUGCACCGUGCCUGGUUGUCACGAAUUUAUCGAUCGGAUUUAGCUAAACGGCCCGAAUUAUACGAACGACUAAAAUUUAAAUUAGCUACUUACGAACUAUUCAAAGGUUAAAAAUUAAAUUAUCUAUUGCACCAUUGCAUUCGGUGGCAAAAAUAUCGAGUUAUUCUUGAUUUUUUUUUUUUAGGAAAAAAGUCUAUGUAUCCUAAAAGUUUAAAAUAUGAUUUCAACAACGAUCGUGAUGAAGUUCUUCCACGGUUGUCAAAUAUGAGUUUGGAUGGCACAAACUUAAGAACAACAUUUCUUGUGGGUUUAAAAUGGUACAAACUUCAUAAGAAGUUUCAAUGUCUUUAAUUACCUAUUUGUUGUAGUACGCGACAAAAGUGACAAAAUUCGAUCGCCGAGGAUACAAACCCAGGGAGAGGAUAUUAGUGGUUACCAUUGAAACUAUUUUAAUCAUCGAGAAAACCGAUAAACAUCACAAAAUAAAAGAUAACUUGCCGUUAAAAUAUGUGACAAGCUUACAAAUGACCUCUGGAAUGGACACGUUUUUACUGAUCAAAGUAUCCGAACAAUUCGAAGAAUCCAAAGUGAGUUUUACAUUUUUUAAGCGUCAAAGGUGUAGAUUUUAAUUUGCAACAACAAUACACUACUAUUGUAUAUGUCGCGUACAUAAACAUUUAUCACAUAAAGAAUGAUAUUAUAUAAUAAUAUUUUAAAUUGUAAUCGCAAUGGCACGCGAUAUAGGUAUCGGUACAUUGACAAAUAAAUGUUGAAAAUAAAUUUAAUUUAAAUAAUAGUGUUGCGGGCACCGACUUUUCCUAUUAAUCUACGUUAUUAUAAUCUUAAUAAAUGUUACGUUAUUAAUACGCCCGCAACAAUGGUAACCGUUUUAAUAUUUAAUACUUUUUAUUUUUUAUAUUAUAAUUCGUAAGUAUAAUUCAUAACACAUUAAUAACAAAAUUAUUGAAAUUAAUAACAAAAACAACACAUUAUAUCACAUUAACAUAAUGUUGAAAAACAAUUCGUCCAUUCAUUCUUGUUGUCUUUUAUUAUUAAAUUAUUUUUUCUUCGUGCGUUUUCAUUUUCAUCCAAUUUUUGUAUUUGAUUAAAUCAAUAAAUCAUAUAGCAAUUCAAUGGCGCUAUUAGAUGAUAGAAUCCCUAAAAGUGAAUGGGUCAUAUUUAUUUAAUAUUAUAGUGGGGCAAAACAUCCCCCCCACCGAGAUAUAUGAGCUAAUCGUGCCGCUGCAUAGCAUGCUUUGCUUUCGAAUUACAAAUAAACGGGGAAAUUAUUCAAUUACAACUAAUAUUGCACUAAUACGCACUGAUAUUGAUAAUUUAGGCACGUCGAUAUCAGUAUAUUUUUCCGAUAUCAAUAUCGAUAUUCUUAUGCACCACUAGUGUACCCAAGUAAUACUAAAUAAUAACGGAAUAUUGAUGAAAUCGUGUUUAUUAUUAAUAUAGGGAGACGUUUUGUUAAAUGUGCCUCACUUGAUUGAAUGUGUAACUGUCAUCUCAAAACAGGCUCCGGGAAGAGUAGAUUUCAUCAACAUGCAAACGAAUUCAUGGUGAGUAUAAAAUCUUGUGUCACGCGAUUAUUCGGUCAAUACAAUUAUGUCAUAGAUGACACACAAAAAAAAAAAAAAAAACCAUUGAUUUUAUCCGUUUCGUUUUUAUAUUGCAUAGCUAUUAGUGAUAUAAAAUUAUAUUUAUCCUUGAAUAAUGUGUAAAUAAUAUUGUUUGUAUGUUUCCAUGGCCUGUGCAUCGGGUACCUAUAUUUUAGUAUGAAACACGACAUAAGAAACUCGAAAAAUCCCGGUUUUAUCGAAUUCAUACCGGUUGCUGUUUCGGAACGUAAAGGAGAAAUACGCAAAGGGAACAAUAAAAACCUAACGAUUACCGGUUGAACGGUGGAAAAAACGUUUCAAUAACCGCGUGAUUCCAAACAAUCGGAUCGUAAAACAAUCACUCUGCCGAACAUUAAAUAUGGCGCGAAUACCCUCAAGAGGACACAAGCCAAUCACAUCCGAGAAUAUUAUAGUAUUAGUAUAACCGUUAACUAACUGUACAUUAUAUUGUUCUAACCCAAAAGAAAAGUACACGCGAGGAAUGUAGAUUUUAGACUAAUGUAUUUAAUUUAAAAACGAUAUCAUGUUAAUUUGUCUAUACAACUUUUUCUAAUUGUUAUCAUUGUUUAUCAUGUAUUUCUACUAUUGUUAGCGGCGACUUUGCCCGUGACAAUUCGAAUGCACGCAAUAAAUAAUACAAAUAAUAAACACCUAAAUUAGAUGGGUUUUAGUUUGUUCGUUUAUUUGUUUAUUGAAAAUAUUUGAACUUUGUGACAUUACGAACCCCUCCUGACACCCUCCAAAAUAUCUUCAAUAUUUUUUUAAGUGUUUAAAAUAAUUAAUUAUUUCUACACCG